AUGAAUCCAAUCGAAGACAGACAACUUCAUCAACCGGGUUUGACCGGAGGGAAUACGCAGGAGUUGUUUUUGGGGGCGCCUCGUCGCCCACCAAUCGGGAAUCGCCGUGACGGGGGCGAUCAUCCACGGCCACCGCCACGAGAGGAUCCGUCUCAAAUCGGUCUGCAGAGGACGGAUUCGGGGUCGGUCGACCCGAUAACGCAGGGUUUCGAUCGGAUAAUGGCGAGAUUUGAUCAACUGGAGGUCCGGGUUGAUGGUUUGGAGUUCCCGAGAGGCCGUGAAUUCGAUCCUCCGGACGAUGAUCGCGAUUCGGACGACCGAGAGUAUGCGGAGUAUAGGGGGAGUGGUGAUUUGGCGCAGCGCGAUCAAAACCCUCACAACCGCUUCCUAGGGUUUCGCGAAAGGAGGGGGGCACGAGGAGGCCGUCGGGGGGCUUUCUCACGCCGGGACGAUGCGAGACGAGGAGGAGAUUGGCAGUAUGAGGGAGUUCAUGAUAAUAGGAUGGGUACAUAUCAGCCGCGUCGGCCCUCAAACUGGGACCCACCAGCGACGCGUCAACAAGGGUGGCGUGAUCAGCGUCGACGUGCAUCGUGCUGGGACCCACCGGUCCCUAGAGAUCGAUCCCCAUAUCAGUUAGGGUCUGAUUUACAUCACGGAGUCAAAAUGCGGGCCCCACACUUCGACGGAACGGACGUGUCGAGUUGGAUUUCGCGUGUAGAGUAUUACUUUGAUCACAUCAUGAUGCCUGAAGAGGACCGACUACACUACGCGGUAAUGCUUUUUGACCCUCCUGCGGCGGAAUGGAUAUUUAACUAUAGGAACAACAACCGCUACGUCACUUGGCCAGAAUUUUUGGAGGAUGUCCGUCACAGGUUUGAUCCGCAGAGUUUCAGGAAUUACAUUGGACCCCUAGCCAAACUAGUGCAGACGGGAACAGUGGCGGAGUAUCACGACACGUUUGAGAAAUUUUUGAAUCGGGUGGAAGGAGUCCCGGACUACAUUUUAAUCCCGGUAUUCAUCGAAGGCCUUAAAAUGCCCAUUCAGGAGAAGGUAGAACUGCAGCAACCACAGUCCUUAGCCGAGGCCAUGGCAUUGGCCUUACGCUUGGCCGCGAAUCAGGAUCAUCGAUAUCAACAAGCUUCGUCACAGCGGAGACAAUGGCCUAGCAGAGAGGCGCGCCAGCAGCCGCCGCCACCCUCGGCGCCGGACAGUAGCGCAGCUCAAGGGUCGAAGGCGGGCAAGCAACCCCAGGAGCUCGAUCGGCCUCGUUUUACUCCGAUCCGUGUAUCUAAUGCUGAAAAAUCGGAGCGCUCGCGUAAGGGUUUGUUUUGGCAUUGCCCGGAGAAGUACACGCCGGGCCACGUCUGCGCUACGAGGCUGUUGUGCUACGUGGGUGACGACGAGUGGGAGGAGUCGGGUCAGGAGCAAGAUAGCCCACCUCUGGAUGAAGAAUUGAUAACAGAGGACAUCUCACACCUUCAUUCACUCACAGGUGGCAAAAGGUCAGUUCCUUUCCAGGUUAUGGGGGACAUCGGGAUCACACGAGUGCGCAUUCUUAUCGAUACAGGAAGCACUCAUAAUUUCCUACAUUCCCGUUUCGCGGAGCAGCUGCAGCUACAGUUAUCACGAAUCCGCCCUUUCCGCGUGUAUGUAGGGAACGGUGCAUCGCUCAUAUGCUCCCACAUCUCCAGACGAACCAAAUUAUCCAUUCAGGGGACGGACUUUUUGACAGAUUUGCAUAUCCUCGAUGUCCACGGCUGGGAUGUGAUUCUCGGCAUGGACUGGUUGGAGUCUCUAGGCCGAAUAUCCGCGGAUUUUGUGGGAAAAACGUUGGAAUUUCAACGAGAUAAUAAAUCAGUUAUUUUACAAGGGCGUGUUCCGGGUCCACAACAGAUUUCUCUUCAGUCCUUAGCACUACUGGCGUCUUUCUCCGCGGAGCACGAAUUUUAUGAGAUAGUGGCAGUGGACCCUGACGACGGGGCGUCACCCACCGCAGCCGCUGAUCCUGACUUCCCGCCAGACAUUCCGGCUGACUGUCGACGGGUUCUCGACUCUCAUAGGGGGGUUUUCGACCUUCCAAUAGGUAUGCCUCCACCCAGAGCCUUCGACCACCGAAUUCACUUGCUACCGGGUACGAGGCCGAUCAAUGUGAGACCUUAUCGCUACCCAUAUUUCCAGAAGAAUGAGAUUGAACGACAGGUGACAGAAAUGUUAUCCCAAGGCAUAAUCCAGCGAAGUCAGAGCCCGUUCUCCUCACCAGUGUUGUUAAUUCGGAAGAAAGAUGGCACUUUUCGUUUCUGCAUCGAUUACCGUGCUUUGAACCUGGCAACGGUUCCAGAUCAAUUCCCGAUCCCGACCGCGGAUGAACUUUUUGAUGAGUUGGGUUGCGCCAAGUUCUUCACAAAGCUCGACUUACGCUCAGGCUACCAUCAGAUUAGAAUGCACGACGCUGAUAUUUUCAAGACAGCUUUCAGAACUCAUGAUGGGCACUUCGAGUUCUUAGUCAUGCCAUUCGGCUUGACAAAUGCUCCAUCUACUUUCCAAGCAGCCAUGAACACUAUCUUCCAACCUCUCCUACGACGCUGCGUGAUUGUGUUCUUUGACGAUAUAUUGGUGUACAGCCCCACGCUAGCCGACCAUUGCGAGCAUUUGUCUCAGGUACUAUCGCUCCUUAGCGCAAACAAAUUCUAUGUAAAGCUAUCAAAGUGUUCUUUCUGCUGCCCUACUGUUGAGUAUCUCGGUCAUUUGAUUGCAGAUGGCACACUUAUCGCGGACCCUCGGAAAAUAGAGGCUAUGACUGCAUGGCCCCUCCCACGGAACGUGAAACAGCUGAGGGGGUUUUUGGGCCUCACGGGUUAUUACAGAAGGUUUGUCGCACAUUAUGCUUCGAUUGCGAGCCCGCUUACAGAAUUGCUCAAAAAAGACGCUUUCGUGUGGACACAAGCAGCGUCCGAGGCCUUUCAGGCGCUGAAAGCGGCGAUGACAUCAACUCCAGUUCUACGUCUUCCGAACUUCUCCAAGACCUUUUAUGUCGAAACGGAUGCAUCCGACACGGGAAUUGGGGCAGUUCUGAUUCAAGAAGGACAUCCGAUCGCCUAUUUUAGUCGCAAAUUGGGGCCACGUCGCAGGGUCGCCUCGACGUAUCAUAAGGAGCUCUACGCGAUAGUCGAGGCAGUGCAGAAAUGGCGGCAAUAUUUAUUGGGCCGGGAGUUUGUAAUUCGCAGCGAUCAGAAGAGCCUAAAGGAGCUACUUCAACAGAUUGUCCAGACCCCAGAUCAACAAUUAUAUGUGCGGAAGUUAAUGGGAUACAAUUUCCGUAUUGAGUAUAAGAAGGGAGCAUUGAACCGAGCAGCGGAUGCGCUGUCUCGGCGUGAGGACCCUGACCGGCCGUUUCAGGACCAGGCCGAGAGCGACGAGCUGUCCCAGGUCGAAGGGGACCCGUCAGCUGACGCAGCGUGCCUAACCGCGGUCGCCCACCCCGUGCCAAAGCUGCUGGAUACCUUGAGGCAGGAAACAGCGACCAAAUCAGAUUUGGUGGAUCUCACGGCUGAUAUCCAAUCAGGAAAGGCUCCUGCUCAAUUCACCUUCGCGGAUGGGUUGAUAUAUUUUAACAGGCGAAUAGUCGUGAGCCAAUCCUCUAAAUUGAAACGAUUGUUAAUGGAAGAGCAUCAUUGUACGCCCAUAGCGGGCCACCCAGGACACGAACGCACUUUCCGUCUGUUGUCGGCAGGAUUUUACUGGACUAAAUUGAGGAAGGAGGUCCGUGACUUUGUUAAUGCAUGUGCGGUAUGUCAGUCCACUAAGUAUUCGACGCAGAAACCUGCGGGUCUCCUCCAACCGCUACCCGUCCCAUCGCAGGUUUGGGACGAUGUCUCAAUGGAUUUCAUUACAGGUCUUCCCCAGUCGCGCGGAUACACAACGAUUAUGGUGGUGGUUGACAGACUUUCUAAGUAUGCCCACUUCGCGGCCCUUCCUACUCGCUUUGACGCCUUGCGAGUAGCCCAUUUAUUUGUUAACACGGUGGUUCGUCACCAUGGUUUUCCGAAGACUUUGGUUUCAGACAGAGACUCGGUAUUUCUUAAUGCAGUUUGGGAGGAGAUUCUGCGACUUAGCGGGACCAAAUUGAAUUUUACCACCGCCUAUCACCCCCAGUCGGAUGGCCAAACAGAGAUUCGCAACAAAGGGUUGGAGCAAUAUUUACGAGCUUUCACUUCGGAUAGACCGUCUACUUGGUCGAACUUUCUCCCUUGGGCGGAGUUAGCUCUCAAUUGCUUCCAUCACGCCGGCCUCGGCACCUCUCCUUUUAAAGCUUUGUACGGACGGGAACCCCCGCUGUUGGUGGCAGCCGCCCCAUCGGCGAAAACCCCCCCCAAUGUAGCAGAUUUGAUUAAUCAGCGAGGGGAGCUUCUCAUUGAGUUGCGCAAAAACUUAUCCCGCGCACAGCAACGGAUGACUGCGGCAGCGAAUAAGCAUAGACGCCACGUAGAAUAUGAAGUAGGCGACUUUGUGUGGUUGAAAUUACAACCAUAUCGACAACAUUCGGUCGCAAAGCCCAUUUCCGCUAAGCUUGCCAAACGUUUCUACGGACCAUUCGAGGUGGUGAAGCGAAUAGGUCCAGUAGCGUACAAGCUACGCUUGCCCGAGGGGAGUCGCAUUCACGACGUCUUUCACGUGAGUCUUCUUCGAGCUUUCGUGAAGGACGACCCAAUCGUCCCACUCCCGGAUGACUUUGUAGGCAACAGACCCGUCGCCCAUCCAGUGGAGAUCCUAGACUCCAGGAUAUUAUGGCAUCGGGGAGCGGCGGUAGACCACGUUUUGGUUCGUUGGUCAGACGGCUCGGAUUCACCAUCUUGGGAGCCAUUGGAGGAAAUGAAGAAGCGGUAUCCAACAAUCUCCCUUGAGGACAAGGAAGUUUCUAAGGAGGGGGGAGUUGUUACGUCCUCAACUGAAUUACAAGAAACGGAAGGAGCUGCAAACGACAACAUGGCCGAGAUACUUCCGUCGCCAUGUUCGUCGACACCGAAAAGCAUGGAAAUUCCGUCAACGAGCCUGGAGCCUCAGAACCCAUCGGAGGAAGUCUCUAAGGAAGCCCCGGAGAGGAAGUUGAGACCAAGACAAGGAAUCAAGCAGCCGGAACGCUACAAAGACUUCGUCUCCAAAUAG